AUGGACUCCGUAUCUCCGUCCGCAAAUCCCGCCGCCAUCUGCGUCGACUUCAGAGACCAUUCUGAAACAACACUGUCUUCCGACAGCUCGUCUGACUCGCCCCGUGACGCCAAGUCCAUGGCCCUUUCUGCUCGCGCUGUUGCGGCGCCCGUAUUGACCUCGCUCUUUCUGGACGACGAACAUGGUCCUAGCGAGGGUAUGGACACCGCCGAGACCGCGGGAGCUGCCGAGACUGCUGUAACUGGAGGUCUGGUGCCCUCGGAGGGCAGCCCAACUUUUGGCGAGCUCAUAUCCCCUCCAGCAGAGACCAUUGACAAUGUUGCCUCUUCUGGGUCUACCGGCGAUAACAACGAAGAUAUUCCUGUUGGGCGCAGAGACCAUGGUAACGCUAGCGGUUCUGCUAGCACUGGAGCUCAGGGGAGGGGAGAAUCCGCUCAAAACGCGCCUGUUCCCAGUCGCAUGCCCGUGCGCCGAUCGUCCCUCAGUUUCUUGAGCAACUGGGCCAGCAGCAUCCGUGGCACUUCACAGCAACAACAACAUCAUCAACAACAAUCACAACAACACACUCCGCAGGUUGCACGCUCAAGCGCGGCUGUUCUAGCACAUGGGGACACUUUCAUGUCGAAUAGCCCCACCAUAGCUAAUUUGAGCUCGAUGGCUGGUCCAGGAACGACUUCAAAUACUCUCGAUAACCAUAUGGAAGAGCCAGAGACUCCUUCUGCCACCUCGUCGGAGCCAGUCGCACAGCUGGCCGAGGCGCCAACUGAACACCAAGAGACUGUUGCGGGAAGCAGCUCCAGCAAUGUGGCUAAUAAUAGUGGCGCCGACGGCCUGUUUUCUGUGCGGUUGACGCCCAUCAUUGACCAUUCCACGUCCAACUCGGGGCUCUACUUUGCACCCGUGAUCCGCCGUAUCCAGCCAGAUGAAACUAUUGCCAUUGGGCGGUACACGGAGAAGAAUAAGAGCGCAGCACAUGCGCCUCAAGGCUCUUCGCAGCCCAUUGUGUUCAAAUCCAAGGUUGUGUCGAGAACGCAUGCCCUGUUGCAAUGUAGAAGCGAUGGGCUGUGGUUCUUGAAAGAUUGUAAGUCUUCCUCCGGCACGUUUCUCAAUAACGUGAGGCUUUCUCCUGCCACAUUGGAGCUGUCUUACUGGCCUGUUAGUGACGGAGACGUCAUCCAGUUGGGAUUGGACUAUCGCGGAGGUGCCGAGGAUAUCUAUCGAUGUGUCAAGAUGAGAUGCGAGUUCAACCAUAGCUGGCAGCGAAAGGUGAACCAAUACAACCUCGAGAUCCACGAACGUAUGAAGAACUUGCAUCUUGACAGCAAGAGCGAGGAUGGCAAACGCCAGGUGACCGAAUGUGCCAUCUGUUUGCUUACGCUAGAUCCAUGUCAGGCAUUGUUUAUAAGUCCGUGCUCGCACUCGUGGCACUACAAGUGUAUUCGGCCGGUGAUCAUCAAGAGUUAUCCGCAAUUCUACUGUCCAAACUGUCGGUCGAUGUGCGACCUUGAGACCGAUAUCGAGGAUGAGAUGUGA